UUUAGACUAAAUCUUUCCAUUGUUACUGUCGAUACAAAGUAUCGAUAUUGUCAUUUGAGAAUCAGUAUUAGAUGCAUAGAAAUAGCACUUGUUAAUAACAUUUGAAUAAAUACACUGUCGUUGAUUGGAAGAUCUGGCAUCGGCGGUAUCGAUAUUGCAGUAUUGACCCGCAGACACUUCACUAGAUUGCUGCCAUUGGGGUUGGGAGUGUGAUACUGCACAUACAUAAAUAUCUGAUACUAUUUGUGUUUAAACGUCUUUGAACAUGAAUUUUAUUAUUAAUUUUGCACAUAAAACACAACAGGCAAAUCAAUAUAAUGAAUAUGUACGGUAUGGAUACAAAACAGUGUCUUUUAUGAUGUUAAACAAAGUUGUUUUAUAUCGGUUUGUAUCAGUAUUUUUGUUCGCGCCACAAAAAAACAAACGUCACGUGACCGUUAUCAGCGCCUCCAAGGGGAGAUGGUGUUAACCAAUCAAAAAAGAGCUGGCGAGCCUACUUUGCAUGCAAAAGAGAUUUAAACCACAUGGUGUUAGCCAAUCAAAAAAGAGAAUUGGCGCAGUAAAAUUUGCAUAAAAACGCUUAUAAAAACACUGCUCCAACAGCAGUUGCCACACUGAACCAAUCCUGCAUCAGAAUGCCUGAACCAGCGAAGCCCGCGCCCAAAAAGGGAUCCAAGAAAGCCGUCACCAAGGCUUCCGGCAAGGGGAAAGGAAAGAGGAGGAAGAUCAGGAAGGAGAGCUACGCCAUCUACGUGUACAAGGUGCUGAAACAGGUGCACCCCGACACCGGCAUCUCGUCCAAGGCCAUGAGCAUCAUGAACUCCUUCGUCAACGACAUCUUCGAGCGCAUCGCUUCUGAGGCUUCUCGCCUGGCUCAUUAUAACAAAAGGUCGACCAUCACAUCCCGGGAGAUCCAGACCGCAGUGCGGCUUUUGCUGCCCGGCGAGCUGGCCAAGCACGCCGUGUCUGAGGGCACCAAGGCGGUCACCAAGUACACCAGCUCCAAGCCAGGCUUCUCUUUUUUGAUGGCGAGCUGAGGAAAAGAAGCGUCGAGUCCAAGAUUCCAGCCAGGAACUCCACCACCUGAUCUGUCCGGGCCGGUAGGAAGCUCUCGAGCCAACCCUUUACAAUGUUAUACAUCUAAUAUAUAUUGAUUGCUUUGUAUCACAUAUAGGUAGUGUAUCGUGUCUAGAUUGAUAUCAGAUGACCAUUUACGAUAGAGAUGCACACCCCUAACAUCACAUCGCCAUAGCUGAUACUAGGCAGAAUUUGACCUGGAUCAGAGAAUAAACAUAAACAUAUUUGCAUAAAGUACCAUCAUCACCGAUAACAAGAUGGGUCGAUUAAUCAGUUGUAUCACACAUCAAUCCAAACUUUUGACAUAUUAAUACACAUAUAAGACAAAUUGCUCCCUCUGCUGGUGAGUUGCGGAAGGGCAAUGACGUAAUAUGUAGAGGGCUACCAAUUUUGCAUACGUACGUCCUGCGUAUGACGUCAUGACGCGUUAAAACGAUGAUUAUAAAGCACAAAUAAUGCUUGGAUGAGCACAAGCAUUCAACACAUGGGAAAUGGCGACAUCUCGUGGUCAUUAGGAAGCAUUACAAUAUAUCAUAUAAAUGGGAUAAUCUCAAUUAAAUCAAAACAUCCUGAUUAUGGGAUACACAUCUAUAACCUGAUUUUGAAUCUGUAUCAGAGUGGGCAUACUGUAUAUUAAUUACUUCAAUUAGUAACAUGUUUCAUACGGAAUCAUUCGUUAGAUUUAUGUUGCUGUAUUGCAAUAAAACAAUAAAUUGUGACCUCUGGCGGUGAAAAAUCUGAGCGAUACAUAUUGAUAUCAAAGGAUCAUUACUGUUAGGUGUGCCCUGAAAAGGACAUUUUGUAAAUUGAAAUGAGAUUAAACGAUAUGAUUUGUUUCUCCUUGUGAUUUGAUAUCGUUUGAGGACGAUUCCCAGAGAGCAGCAACAUUUAAAAUACACUUUGUAAGAUUUGACCACACACACACACACUAGUUAAUAAUCGCACAAAGUAUCGGGAUUGGAACACUACUGCCGAUACCAGCCGGAAUUUUACUCGGUAUCAGAAAGGGAAAAUAAAUCAGUGGUGGUAUCACACACACAGUCUCAGUCCGUUAUAGUUGCACAAGAUGUCGAUAAAGUCUGAAUAUGACCUAUAUCAGAUUGGGAGGGAAAAAAAGAUGUGGUAUCACUAUGUAUAUUUGCUUUGCGCAUUGAUAUUACUGAUACCAACCAAAUGUUUAACCUGUAUCAGAGUGAGCAUGUUGCACCACGAUCAGUCAUAGUUUCACAAAUUGUUGGUGAAGUGAAUUAUAUUUAUAUAGCGUUUUUCUUUAGUGACUCAAAGCACUUUACAUAGUGAAACCCAAUAUCUAAAUAGACUCCCUUUUUAGACCAGUUGAUCUGCCGUUUCUUUUCUUUUUCUCCUAUGUCCCACUCCCCCUUGUGGAGGGGGUCCGGUCCGAUCCGGUGGCCAUGUACUGCUCGCCUGUGUAUCGGCUGGUGACAUCUCUGCGCUGCUGAUCCGCCUCCGCUUGGGAUGGUUUCCUGCUGGCUCCGCUGUGAACGGUACUCUCGCUGCUGUGGUGGAUCCCCUUUGGACUGGACUCUCAUGACUGUUGGAUCCAUUAUGGAUUGAACUCUCACAGUGUCAUGUUAGACCCGCUCGACAUCCAUUGCUUUCCUCCUCUCCAAGGUUCUCUUAGUCAUCAUUGUCACCGACGUCCCACUGGGUGUGAGUUUUUCCUUGCCCUUAUGUGGGCCUACCGAGGAUGUCGUAGUGGUUUGUGCAGCCCUUUGAGACACUAGUGAUUUAGGGCUAUAUAAGUAAACAUUGAUUGAUUGAUUGAUUAUAUCCAGUUUUCUUUUCAUUGAAAUCCUUCAAAACCUACAGCGCACACGCACGCAAACAGACACAAACACAAUGUAAAUCACACCACUGAUAUUAAAAUCCAUCUAGCUACCGUGUGCCAGGAACAACAAAUUAAUUGAAUUAUAUUUAUAUAGCGCUUUUCU